GGGGUAGUGUAGUUAACGAUUCGUUUAGUGUAGUCUGGUUUAUCUUUAUGGCAACCUCCAUGUUGCAGCUCGGCAUUUGGCAAAUUCCAUGUUUUGCUUUUCUGAAUCGAAGAAGCACUUGAUGCUCACAUUUAUCUUUUCCUCUUGUUUAUUUUUGCUAGCUAUUUGUUGCUCUGGUGCUCCCAUUUGUUCUUUUUUGUUUGCUUUAUUUGCGAGAUAGUACUCCUACUAGAACUAGUUUCCUCGUCCGAGCUACCUAUAUUGGAAAUGGAAGCUCGGUUCGACGUGCAAGUCUUCGCUUUCCAGAAGCGUGUUUUGGUCUGCGGGAAUCGUAAAAUGCUCUCGCUGCAAAAUAAGCCUAGAGAUACUGAUAACUUUAACUGCAGAGCAAUACGGCGCGCGAUGCUGAUUUUCACAGCCAGCCUUCGGGGUGCUCGAUGUCCCGUUUCUCUAUUUUCAGAUCAGGAGCUGCAAGGAAUUUCGAAUUACUACUUUUAGUGGUUCAGCUUCUUUCCACACCGUCGGGCAGAAGAUGGCACUUUGGAAGUGCAUUUUCUCCACCCCCGGACGCGUGAGACGUGUCCGAUGAAAAGCUUUGGACCAAAGCAAGAACGGUGAAUAGUCGCUUCAAGAACAUAGAUAUCAGAGCUUCAUGAUUACUACAUACACAUACUAGCACAGUAGGCCGAUGAUCGAGCAGCAUUCUUACUUCGCAUUGUCGUGGUAAAUCCUGCGAUAUCUACGCUGAAUAUUGCUCCACACGCCAUGGCACAAAAUCGAGAACUUGCACAACUGGCGGUCGUACGUGCGUCUCGGUAAAGGCAUGCGAAAUACGCAUCACAGAAGCACGAAAAAACUUGUCAUGCUUGGCGGCGCAUUACAGAGCACUUAUUGUUCACGGACUUGCGUCACAAGUUUCCAGACCCAGACAUUUUUGCACUUGAUACGGGGACCCCCUGUUUCAGGCCUCCGUCGCCGCGGACAAGAAGAAUCCGCUGCUGCGCAAGGGGAGGAAUGGCAGAGCAGCAGCUCCUCAGAGAACAAUCAUAGGAGAGGACGAGGAGAUGCAAGAAUCAGGAGAGAACUACGGGGCGACCGGUACUAAUUCUACUGGUCUCGUUGACAAGGACUACAAGCGUAGGACCGGCAACAUUCUCGUGGAGUUCGAAGAUGUGGCUCAUAUGGCGACAGCACACCACAAGUGCGAGGCGAUGGAGAGAACUCACAUGAGGUAUAGCACCGCGGACAGCAGUGAUUCUCCUUCUGCCACGUCAAUCCCGUCCGCAGAAGGCGUGGAGUCGGACUACUUUCUGGCUUCCCCGGCGGCCUUCGGAAAGGGCAGCAAUGUCGUUUGGACUGGUACAACGGGUGGAGAGCAGCCGUCAUCUGCAGGUCGUGGGGCAGAAAAGCAAGAGGAAGCUCAUGUAUUGCAAAGUACGAGGAGGCACACCUAG